AUGGUCAGCCCGAUGCCGCAGGGAUUGAUCGAGCGGAAUGAAAACUAUCAUAAAUCCGCCAAACAUGAUCUGCUUGCAUCUAGUGCCUCGAUCAUUUCAAUCGCCGACCUACUCGACAUCUCUGAGAACAGGACAGUUUCAGAAGAACAGUUGGCGCUGACAAAAAUAAUACUUGAGGAGAAUGAGGACAACCAAGGUAAUAUUGAGCUCAGAACCAACUUGGCUGCUCUUUAUUCCGCUCGUUCUGCGGGAGUUGCGCCGGAAGACAUAGUCAUCACCAAUGGAGCCGCCGCAGCGAACUAUACAGUUUUCGCCUCUUUGCUUGCGCCAGGAGACCAUGUGAUCGUCCAACAUCCUGUCGACGAGCUGCUUUACAAAGUCCCUCGCCUGCUUGGUGCCGACGUGACGCUGUGGGAGGCAAAUCCUUCAAAAAGGUGGCGGCUUGACACUGAUGAGCUGAGGAAUUUAAUCAAAGAGAACACCAGUUUCAUCGUAAUCCACAGUCCGUGUGAUCCUACGGGGGCGAUUGUCCCUAAACCAACACUCGAAAUCUUAUUGAAGAUAGCGGAAGAGAAGGGCAUCGUGAUAGUGGCUGAUGAGACAUACCGGCCACUGUUCCAUUCGAUAUUACCAUCCAGCGAAGAUUUUCCGCCAUCAACGAUCAAUUUGGGCCACCAAAAAGUCGUCGUAACUGGCGCCGUAGGCAAAGCUUACAGCCUGGUGGGGAUCAAAGUUGGCUGGAUUGCGUCUAAGGACAAAGAAAUCAUCGAUGCCUGCAAGAGAUCUAGGCGCUACACUUCAAUGACCGGGUCGAAGCUCGAUGAAGCAGUCGCCGCCGAAGCCUUGAGCGAUCGAUGCAUUCACGCACUCUUAAGCAGGAACAUUAGAUUAUGCCAAACAAACCUGGAACUCCUUCAAGCAUUUAUUGAAGAGCACGGCUGGGCUUGUUCAUGGGUGAAGCCACUAGCGGGGACGACGGCCAUGAUCAAAUUCCACAAGAUGGGCAAGCCUGUUGAUGACAAUGCCUUUUGCUUGAAACUGUUCGAAAAAGCUGGUCUCCUUGUCUGCCCGGCCAGUAAGUGCUUUGGUGAAAGUUUGCAAUAUCGAGGGUAUGUCAGGGUUGCUUUUGGAGGGUCAACGUCUCAAAUGAAAGCUGCACUUGCGGCCUGGAGCGUCUUCAUGGAAGAGAGCUAUGAGUCUGUUCCGGCCAUGUCAAAUACCUGA